AUGGAGCCCCCCUCAGCCCCUACCCACAGAGGGCGCGUGCCCUGGAAGGGGCUCCUGCUUGCAGCCGCACUCUUACCUUUCUGGAGCCUGCCCGCCAAUGCUGUAUCUGUGGAAAUAAUACCAGCCAAUGCUGCGGUAGGGGACAAUGUCACCAUGUUUGUCCACGAGGUGCCAGAAAAUAUUGCACUCUUAGACUGGUACAAAGGGGUAAUUGAAUCAAAGAACAUCAUUAUAACAUUGAAAAAAAACCCAGGAAAUAUUACUAAUGGGCCUUUAUUCAGCCACCGAGAGACCCUGUUCAACAACGGAACCCUGCACAUCCGGAACCUCACCCAGAGGGACAAGGACACCUACCUCAUACAAAUCUUUACAAUGGGAGGUGACCUUUUAAAAGCAAGAGGAGUCCUCGGCGUGUACGUGCGGCUAACCAAACCCCAAAUCAACGCUGACAACGAGCACCCCACUGAGAAAAAGGACACCGUGAAGCUGCAGUGUGAUCCUGAGACUCCAGACACGACCUACCGGUGGUUCUUCAACUCUAAACCUGUCGCUCAGGCUGGUGGGCUGGAGCUGUCCAAGCAAAAUCGGGUUCUGACUUUAAGCCCUGCCCUGAGGAAUAACACUGGAGCCUAUGUGUGUGAGAACUGGAACCCUGUGAGCUCCAAAACAAGCGACCAAUUCAACCUGGAUGUUUUGUAUGGCCCAGACCCUCCCAUCAUCUCCCCCUCAAAAACCUUCUACCGUCGAGGGGCGAGCCUCAGCCUCUCCUGCUACACUGCCUCCCACCCGCCCGCAAAGUUUACCUGGUCUACCAGCAAGCAGGCCACAGUAUCCGCACAGAACUUCUUCAUACCCAGCCUCUCUCUGGAUGACAGUGGUUCCUAUACCUGCUUAGUCAGUAACAAUGUGACACUACUCAAGGCGACCGUGAUGAUCAAUAUCACAGUCUUAGACCCAGUGACAUCAGUCUCCAUCCAUGCCUCAAACACCACAGUGGCAGAAGGUAAUAACAACGUGAUCCUGUUCUGCAUCACAAAUGACACUGAUAUCUCCACCCAAUGGGUCCACAAUAAUCAGCUUCUGCAGCCCUCAGAGACGAAGCUGCUGUCUCGAGACAACAAGACCCUCAUCAUCACGUCUAUCUCAGUGUCCGAUGCCGGCGACUAUCACUGUGAGAUCUCCAACCCCAUCAGUUCCAUAAAAAGUCCCCCUGUGAAGCUGCAAGUGACACCAGGAGGAAUCUCCACAAACACCCAGGUGGGGACUAUCAUCGGUGGCUUCGUCAUCGGGGUCCUGAUUGGGAUGGUCUUCGCAGCUGUCCUGGGCUACUUCCUGUUUCUCAGAAAGUCUGAAAGGUUGCCCCUCAGUGCCAUCUGGGCCACUGAAGCCACUGUAUACCCCAGUUUCAGCAGUGGCACCUCUGGAGCCCAAGACAGCGUGACCCCAGAGACCACCAGUUCCCCACAGACUCCCCAGGACACCCGACCCGACCCAUCUCCUGCCAGCCCCAUCUACCAGACAUUGGACCUGCUUAUGUCCAGAAUCUGGCCAUGGCUGCUGCUAUGCAAGGAAAAACAGUUCAAGAAGUACUAUUUCAACAGCAUAGGGGACGUGGAAAGGAUAUGGGCCGCAGACGAGUGUCAGGUCCACCAGGUUUCUGCUUUGCUUGUGGGAAACCGGGUCACCGUGCUGCCCAAUGUCCUCAACGAUAUCCUGACGACCUCCUGA